GUGGAAUUUUUCUAGUAAACUCAAUAUUUCUUCGUUGGGAACACUGGGUAGUUGGUAUUGUCGCAUAACAAUAUGGCGACGGUGAAUAUGGUCAAAUUGAGGAAGAGGUCUAUGAAUGAAAUUUACUACUACAUUCCACUGCUUUAUAUUUCCAAAAUGAGUCGAAAAAGAAAAAUUUUGGAUGAUGAAUUGGAGCCUACUAUGAAAUUGACGAGUGAUGGAGAUUUAUUAUUGAAAAGUCUUCUUGAAAAACAACUUUCCAGACAAAGUGAUUUACAGGCAGAACUAAAGAAAUGUAAGACAUUUAUUUCUUCAACAGAAUAUAAAUCUAUUGAUAAAUAUGUAUCUGGAAUUAAUUCCUUGAAUAAGCUCAAGGAAACUUCUCAAUAUGUACAGACAUCAGAAGACUUUAGGAUUGCUGGUUUGAGUGAAGAAGAUGCUCAGUUUUUUUUUAAUGGAAAAAAAGGUAUUCAAUUUCUAAAACUCAAACAUAAAAACUUGGAUUAUAAAUCGAUAGAAAAAAGACUGUUUGUUAUAAAAGAAGUUCUACAUAAUUAUAAGAUUAUGAAAAAUAUUCAAAAUUCAUCUGUUAGUAGUGUGGGUAGACUUCAGACAGAAUGUAUGCUUUCUAUGAAGCCAAAUAGCAUUCAAACGAAUUUGCUGAAAUUUGCCCUGAGUAAUGACAAGAAACUUAAUGAUAUUCAAGAUGAAAUUAAGCCAAUAAAAGAAAUAGAAAAAAAUGUUAUGAACACUCUGAAUGUUGAAUUACAUGAAAAUAUAAACAUAUCAAAAUUGCAAAAAAAAGUACAAAAGAGAUUAAGAGCAAUGGCCAAAAGAGUAGAUUCUCUAGCAUUAUCAUCGAAAAGAUCAAUUCUUGAAUCUCCUUUGGUUUCACGAAUUGAGCACAUAGACAAUAAUCUAACAAUGUUUGAUGGAAUAGAUUAUCUUCCAUUAUCAUCAGAAAAUUCUUCUGUUUCUACUGAGUUACCUCAAAUCAAAAAUUCGAAAUGGGAUUUAAAGUAUGAAGAUAUUCAAUUGAGUAUCAAUAGAAAUGAAAAUAUCGGUUGCAGUAAGGUAAAUAACCUUCCAAAUUCUAGUGAGUUCAACUCAGAACCAAACACUUCCAAAACACAGGAUAAUGGAAAUCGUUAUACAAUAAAAAAUGGGAGGAUUUCAAAACUUGAAGAGUUAAUUGACUAUAGAAAAAAUAAAAAAUUAAGUGUAGAAGAAAUAAAGGAUAUCCCUAAAUUUUCUCAAUAUACAUCUGGCUCUCCAUCUAAAAUUUUAUAUGUGAAAAAUGCUAACUCUCUAACUGUUAAUAAUUUAGAACAACUUUUCAAUUCAUUUCAUUUCCAAACAAAAGCUAUAAAUGUAAUGAAAGGAAGGAUGAAAGGACAAGCUUUUAUAGAAAUGGAAAAUUGUCAAUUAGCAGCGGAAGCUCUGAAAUGUAUAAAUGGUGUAAUAGUGAAAAAUAAACCUAUUAUUAUUCAGUUCAGCUCAAAACAUGAACUUCCAAAAAAAUUGGGAAAUUGAAGUGGAGAAUUUUAAUAGGAAAAUAAAUAUCAAUUUUCUUAUGUUAAAGAAAGAAUAUCAUUCAAAAGAUUUAUUUAUCUAAGGCAAUUUACAUAUUUGCUUAAAAUAGUAAUUAUUUAUAAAAAUCAAUACAUAAUAUUCAUUAUAUUAGGAGAUUUACACUAUACCUAACUGAAAAAAAAUACCUAUUUAUACCUUCUAUGUGAUGAACGACUGAAUUGAUACAUUUCAAUAUUCAAAUUUCUACACAUACAUGAAACAUAAAAAAAAAGGUGGAUUAAUCUAUCUACCUCCGUUAUAGUGCUCAUUUAGUAAUUCACUUUAAUUAUCACAGGUCUCUGGUACUUCAUUUUCAGCUCAUUUGGAGGUUGUAGGUGGAGAUAUGACAAAAAAUAUUAUAAAUUGUGAUCAAUUAGUAUUUCAUUUCAAUUUAAUAUGAUAUUAUUAAUGUUAUUGUUAAAAUCAUUAAUAUUUUCCAUACAAGAAACAUUUAGGGAAGUUCUGGAAUCAUAGAGAUGAUCAUGAUAAAUUUGAUAUUUCAGUGAAGGCCGAGGAACAAAAUUUAACUUUAAUCUAGUUGGUUUUGAAGGAUUUUAGACAUAUUAGUACAUUGAAGUACAAUAUGGGGGGAAUACCAGUCUUAUUAUGGAUUACCUGACCUUACCUGAAACCUAAAAAAAGGACUCGAAGUAAGCGACAAUAGAAACUAUUCUAUCCCUGACUGCUACCAUACAAACACAAUUCAUUGUUGGUCAUAAAAUCUAAUACAUAUUAGAAAACUCGAACGCUGUCGCUUAUUUCAAGUCCUUUUUUUAGGUUUAAGGUAAGGUCAGGUAAUCCAAUAUAAACUUAAUUUAGAACAUAAUAAGACUGGUAUUCUCCUCAUAUUGUAUUUCAAUGUACUAAUAUGUCUGAAAUCCUUCUUUCUUGUGAUUAUAAUAAAUCCUCACAAGAUGUGUUUGAAUUUUACUUAUUCAUAUUUUUGAACAAACUCACCAUUCAAAUUCUAAUCAAUUAUUGAUGUAUUUUUGAAUGGAUAAUUCAACUGUAUGAAUGCUGUUCAAAGAAAUAUUUUCAUAUUUGUUGAAUAUUCACAAACAAUAAACAAAUUGUUGAAGAUCAA